GUCUCUGUCAACAUCAAAGCUAUUUACUUUUUCAACAGACUUUAUCGUGCGUCUGUACGGACCACAAAAGACUCUCUCUCUCUCUCUCUCUCUCUCUCUCUCUCUCUCUCUCUCUCUUUAUAUCUCUGAGAGAGUUUUGAGGAUCUGAUGAGAGCCAAAAAGAUCAUGGAGGAAAGCCAAGAACUUGCUGCCUUGACCCAGUUGAAAAAAUCCGUCGAGAAACUCUCUUCUUCCACUGAGGGAUAUGAGGAUCCGACACUGAUGAGGUUCCUGGUGGCAAGAUCAAUGGACCCAAACAAGGCAGCAAAGAUGUUUGUAGAUUGGCGAAAAUGGAGAGCCUCCAUGGUUCCUCCUACUGGGAUCCCUGACUUGGAAGUGAAAGAUGAAUUGGAAUUCAAAAAGAUCUGUCUUCAGGGUCCAACCAAAUCAGGACACCCUAUGGUGCUUGUCAUAACCUCUAAGCAUUUUCCUGCUAAGGAUCAAGCUAAAUUCAAGAAGUUCUGUGUUUAUUGUCUAGACAAAACAAUUGCAAGUGGCAUCAAAGGCAAAGAAGUAGGAGAUGAGAAGUUGGUUGCCGUUAUUGAUCUGGCAAACAUUACAUACAAGAACCUUGAUGCUCGUGGAUUGAUCACCGCCUUUCAAUUCUUACAAUCUUACUACCCGGAACGCCUUGAGAAAUGCUACAUCUUGCAUAUGCCUGGAUUCUUUGUGACCGUUUGGAAAUUUGUCUGCCGUUUUCUAGAGAAAGCAACUCAGGAAAAGAUUGUGAUAGUAACUAGUGGAGAAGAACAGAGAAAAUUCGAGGAGGAGAUUGGAGUCGAGGCUUUACCGGAAGAAUACGGUGGCCAAGCUAAGCUCACACUAAUCCAAGAUGUUGUUCUUCCUCAGACUACUCCAGUAGCUAUACCAAACAAUAAUGUUUAACUCUAAUAGUCUUUGGGAGUAUUAACCUGAAAACCCUAAACCCUCCUUUAAUCUAUUGGACUAUUAUUAUUUAUUUUCCUACUCCUUGAGUAUUUUAUUCAGUAAGAGAAUUUAGAACAAUAAUUUACAAAUAAAGCAAUUAAAACA